UAGUAUUUCUUCCGGGUUGAGGAAAUCAAGGGAGGGAUGAGCAGAGAUGCUGCUAGUGUUUGCUCUGCACAUCAGCAGCCAGCCGGGCUUCUAUCUCCCAGUCAGACAGACAGCGGCAGAGGCAGCACGUCCACACGGGAGAGAGACAGCAGCGUUCACGGCGCAGCAGAGGCACUGAAGACUGAACUGACACUCACAUUCCCAGCUUUCUCAAAUGGAUUUAAUUACGUUGUAGCGAUUUUUGAGUCUGGACGGUGUCCUUUUAGAUCAGAAAAAAGAGACACGCGCAGCAGACUGGCUGAAUUUUUAGGUGCCUGGUUCGUCUCGACCGUUCUCAGGGAGCCACUCUCCCCACAUCGUUAGCUCGCUAAGCUAGCUAGCCCGCUAACUUAGCGGUGAUACUUUGUACCGUAUCAACGUCAGUUUUCUGCCUCGGAGCUAGCCUGCGGUCUUUUGCGCCACCUCGGCAGAUUGACGUGACCCGUCACAACAGGAGCAUGUUUGAGUGACACGUAAAAGAGGAAGUGGGAUCCCUGAGGCUCCGGCCCUCUCUGCCGGUGGAGCGCCCUGCACAUCUGGCCAGAGGCCCUCGAGUCACUAGGACAGGAUGCGAAGGUUUGCCUACUGUAAGGUGGUUUUAGCCACCUCUCUGGUUUGGGUGAUGCUGGACAUGUUCAUUCUGCUCUACUUCAGCGAGUGCAACAAGUGCGACGACAAAAAAGAGAGAGGACUGCCUGGGAGAGAUGACGGCCUGUCCAGACCGCGGGACGGGCCUGGUGAAGGCGGGAAGCCGGUGGUGAUCCCUAAAGAGAACCAGGAGAAAAUGAAGGAAAUGUUUAAGAUCAACCAGUUCAACCUCAUGGCUUCUGAGAUGAUCGCGCUCAACCGCUCACUGCCUGAUGUUCGUCUGGAGGGGUGCAAGAACAAGCUAUACCCUGAUAAUCUUCCUCGCACCAGCGUGGUGAUCGUAUUUCACAAUGAGGCUUGGAGUACACUGCUGCGAACCGUCCACUCGGUUAUUGAUCGGUCUCCACACACACUGCUGGAGGAGAUUGUCCUGGUGGACGAUGCCAGCGAGAGAGAUUUCCUGAAACGGCCGCUGGAGCAGUAUGUCAGAAAGUUAGAAGUGCCUGUCAGAGUGGUGAGGAUGGAGCAGCGGUCCGGACUCAUCCGCGCUCGCCUCAAAGGAGCUUCCAUCUCUACCGGCCAGGUCAUCACCUUCCUGGAUGCUCAUUGUGAGUGCACCACAGGGUGGCUAGAGCCUCUGCUGGCCCGCAUCAAGCAGGACAAGAAAACAGUUGUGUGCCCCAUCAUCGACGUCAUCAGCGACGAUACGUUCGAGUACAUGGCGGGGUCCGACAUGACAUACGGAGGCUUCAACUGGAAGCUCAACUUCCGCUGGUACCCCGUUCCCCAGAGGGAGAUGGACCGCCGCAAAGGAGACCGCACGCUACCUGUCAGGACUCCCACCAUGGCCGGCGGCUUGUUCUCCAUAGACAGGGAUUAUUUUCAGGAGAUCGGCACGUAUGACGCAGGCAUGGACAUCUGGGGCGGAGAAAACCUGGAAAUCUCUUUCAGAAUCUGGCAGUGUGGAGGGACUCUGGAGAUCGUCACAUGCUCUCACGUGGGCCACGUGUUCAGAAAGGCAACGCCCUACACGUUCCCCGGAGGAACGGGCCAGAUCAUCAACAAGAACAACCGCCGCCUGGCAGAGGUCUGGAUGGAUGAGUUCAAGAACUUCUUCUACAUCAUUUCUCCUGGUGUGACCAAGGUGGACUACGGUGACAUCUCAGCUCGCUCCGCUCUGAGACAAAAGCUCCAGUGUAAACCCUUCAGCUGGUAUUUGGAGAACGUCUACCCUGACUCCCAGAUCCCCCGGCACUAUUACUCGCUGGGAGAGAUCCGUAACGUGGAGACCAACCAGUGCCUGGACAACAUGGCCCGCAAGGAAAAUGAGAAGGUUGGCAUUUUCAACUGCCACGGCAUGGGAGGCAACCAGGUUUUCUCCUACACAGCCAACAAGGAGAUCCGGACAGAUGACUUGUGUUUAGACGUCUCCAAGCUGAACGGACCCGUCAUGAUGCUCAAGUGUCAUCACCUUAAAGGCAACCAGCUGUGGGAAUACGAUCCUGUGAAGCUGACUCUGGUCCACGUCAACAGCAACCAGUGCCUGGACAAGGCCAGCGAGGAGGACAGCCAGGUGCCCAGUGUCAGAGACUGCACACACUCACGCUCCCAACAGUGGCUGCUGCGCAACGUCACACUACCCGAGGUCUUCUGACCGCGCUCCGCCCACUCCCAAACGUACACGCCCACACACACGCGCAGCAGCCCGGAGCGAGCGGUCAGACGAGCGGGCAUGUUUUAUUCAACUCGGGCACGAGGACAGAGACUUCCCCGGAGGGGAUUCAGGAGGACGGAUGGGACGGUACUACCUCUGCCAGAGACCAGAGGACGGAGAGUCUUCAAGCUUCCUCAGAGCGAACAGAGAGGACUGUAGAGAUUCCCUCUAAGAGACCAUAUCUGUUGUUUUACAUUUGUUUUGGGGGUUUUUUAAAGAAGAGAUUUUAAGAGUGACUGGCUCUAGAAACGUGGAGUCGAGGUUCUGCACACAGCUUCCCCUCAGCUCAUCACUUAACGUUUACCGGCUGCCUGCGAUCAGCGAGUGUGUGCGUGUGUGUGUGUGUGCACUUAUUUGUCUGUUUGACCCGAGAUGAAUGUAUGCUUUUAGAAGGGGGUGAGGAAUCCUGAACAUUUGAUUUUUUUUUUCCUUAAGUUCCUGUUUGUUUGUUUUUUUAUUUAAUUUUUUAACGGACAUUGAACGUGAACUCUUAUGAAGAAGGAUGCAUGUUUGAAUGUGUGUGUGUGUGAGAGAGAGAGAUUGUCUUUUGCGUGUGGACGUGUCAAAACCCCUCCCUGCAGUCUUGCAGCAGCGUAUGUCCCCCUCUGGUGUUACAUCUCGGUAUCUCAUCUUACAGACUGAAGCAUCCAAGCUGAGGAUUUUCCAAGGGAGGGAACAUAAUAUAAACAAAACAAAAACAAAACAAAAAAAACAAAAAAAAGAGAGAGAGAGAGAACUCAACCUGACGUCUGCCAACAGCAGAAAUGUAGAGAUAUAGAAAUAUGUUUGUGAUAUCUUCAGAUUUCUAUGUCCAGUUUUUACAUGCCUUGUCUGUUUCUACUUAUGUGAGUAACUUUUAGUUUUUUCUUUAAGGAUGUUCAAAGUACAGCCAACGCACUCGCAAAAAAAAACAACACAUCAACAAGCUACUUUAUAUUUAUCUGAUACCUUCUGCCUACCGUAGUGUUUAACCAUCAGAAACUGUCCUAUGAGACACUACAAAGCCACACACUCUCUGUAAAAGGCGGUUCAUACAGGCGCAUCGCGGUAAAUAAGAAUAUCAAAAAACAUAUUUCAGUAAUUCAGUUUCAAAAAUGAAACUCCGACAGCGUAGAUUCCGUUACCAUGUUGAUCAAAUCAAAUAUCACUUUUGAUACUUCAGGCUGACAGCUAAUAAAACCCCGAAGUCUCUGGAAAUUAAAAUAUUAAGUUGAACCAAAAAAGCAGAUUUUUACUGCAGAACGUUUGCUUAUUGAAAAUCAUGCAUCGAUGCAGAGUAGCACGGAGGCAGCCAGCCUGUCUGGCAGCUCUCAUCUCGCCUACGUUGGUGUUUCUCAUCUUCUUAAUAACUCUCCACAGAUUGCUUAUGACCGUGUCCUGCUGGUAAAUGAAAUCAACCUUUUCAAUGGGAAGCAUGAUGGGCUCUAAAGGUUCCUAAUAGACAGCUGUGCUGACUUUAGACUUGGAGAAAUGGACGACCACCAGCAGAUGACAGUAGAUUCCCAAAUCGCUGCUGAUUCUGGAAAUGUCCCACUGGACCUUAAGCAGCUUGGAUUCUCAUCACUCUGGGAACCUGAUUCCUAAAUGAAAUCCAAACUUUUAUUUAACCUGAGAAGAGGGCUUUGGUCGACUCCUCUCAGUUUCUGUCCUGUAGGCGCUCCUUACUUUAUGAAUCUCACAAAUAAAAUUGGAGGUUUUACUUUGUAGACUUGUCGAGCCUCAGAUGUCCUUGUAUUUCUGACAUUUUUUUUUCCCUUCCACUAAACUUUCCAUUAAUAUGUUUGGAACAGUCAGCUUGUUUUUAGUACUGAGCUUUUGCGUCUCUCUGCUAGACAACAAUCCAGUCUGCGGUCUUCCCUACGUUGUUGUCGGUUUGACGUAAUAUUACAAUUUUUUUUGGGAAACUGAAUUUCUUGGGGGGGUUUUAUUAGCUGAACGCCGUAAUCAUUAAAACAAAAGGUAAGAAUCACUGUGUGUAACAAGUUUGAGUUACUGAAAUAAAUCGACUAUUUAUUGGUGAUCUAGUUUGUUGAGAUGCAAACGUUUUUCCCACGUUUUUCAAAAAAUACACUCCAAGAGCGUCUGCUCUGCUGUGCAGUGUGUUGGAUGAAUCUGUGCAGGUAUGAAUGUGCUUCUCCCAGCUUGUCAGCUCCACGUAUAUUAGGUCAAACUUGAUUUUUUGCUUUUGUCUUUGGAAGAACCCGUACAGCUGAGCAAGGAUCAGCACGUCUCAUGUCUGCAUAUUCACUUUUGCAGCAGUCCAGCUACUGUUCGGACACAUAAGCAGCGUUUAUUUGGUGUUGUAGAAAAAUUAAGCGGUGAGAAAAUAACAGUGGAGCGACGAGAAGGAGCAGACAAUAUAUCUGAAUUCAUAAUCACGUCUCUUUUUUUCUUUUUGCAAGUCUACCGGCAGUAUUUCUACAUUCAUAUUUCAGCCUCAGACAACUGAACCGUGUCAUUAUCAUUUCAACCAUCAUACUGUGUUUUUUUUUUUGUUUGUUUGGUUUUUUGUUUUUGUUUUUGUUGUGUUGUCACUCCUGCUGCUGUACGUCAGAGCUGGAGUCGUUUUGUAAAAGUUUGAAACAUUUCAGCUUCCUCCAGUGGAGGAAGGGUUUACACGACAGAGAGAGAGAGAAAGAGAGAGAGGAGGCCAUCGACUCGACUUUCAUAUCUGAGCCUCAGAGUGACUGUGAUGAUGUUUUUGAUAGCGAGAUCGAGGGAGUGUAUCAUUUAUUCCCAUGUCGGGGGGCGGGGCGGAGAGAGAGCGGGGUUAAGAAGAACUGACAUGUCCAGGCUUCCACACUGAGCUGAUCCAAAUGUAGAAAAUAAAGGUGAAAAGGUUUACAGAAGAACUCGAGGAGUGUGUUGAUUUUUCUGCGCAAACACGCCACAACCUUUGCCUUUCUCCAGUAACUGCAGUUCAUCUCUGCCAACUCUUUUUCUCCCACUUAUGCCAAAACCUGUCAGCUCCAGUCAGAAACGUGUUGUCAUUAACAGCAGGAAUGUCUAAUUAAACUUUAGUUUAAUGACUCAUUUUACUUUUCCAGGUUGUAAUGAUUAUCUCAGGCUGUCCGCUGUACGUCUUCCUGUUCUCUCUCUGUAACCUGUCGUCUCUGGCAACUGACAGAAUAAAGGUCACCGAGCCCUAAAAACAAGAAUUGGGUGCACAAGUGAGACUUCUUGGGAUUUUCUUGAAUCUGUAGAGUCGGUUACAGAUUUAAGCUGAAAUACAUGCAUAAAGUUCAACUGAUAUUUAAAUAAAUGGUUUUCCAGCCAAGGACUCUGGAGCCACACAUCCUUCAAGCCACGAUUCUUUCUGUAUAUUUGACUUUUUGUAAGCAUAAUAUUUACCUGCUUUUAUUAGUUCCCAAAGCUUCAUAUUUGGCUAGUUUUUCCAAGUUUCAAUCCUCAGCAGGCAUGACCCCUGCUUGGCCAUUUUUAUUUAGUAAAUAACAACUUGCCCCUUUAAUUUCUGGAUUUACACUUUGACCCAGCUCUCGUUUCUUUCACAAUUCCCUCCAUUAUUUUGUGUUCUGUCGGGGUAUUAUCGGAGUGUUCACAUCAAUCAGGCUUCCCUUUCAUCAGCUAUUCUUAACGCCUUUAGUUAGCUCGCGACUGAAAGAGUGCUGUAAUAAAACCUGAGAACUGCAUGGUCAGACGGUGUGAAACAUGGCCACUGCUGUAACUGUGAGCCAUUUUUUGCACAUUGACUAGAUAAAUCUCUCAUCUCCGCCACGGUGAGAAACGAGCGGCUGGAUGAGAGAUGAGAAGUCUGAUGGGACUGUUCUCCGGCCUAUUAAUAAACAUGAAGGUCCAGUGUGAAAAGGGGCGGGGGGAGAGAGGAAGCCCGGCCGCAGACUACGUGUUUGAUGCAGAGUGGAUUAUUCAAACUCCCGAUGAAUUAUUCAUCUGAAAGGAUUUGGGUCCGACGAGAGCCAUCAGGAAGACAUAUUAGACAACAGCUUUUAGCGCCAGAGCCUGCGAAACGUGUGGAUGCUUGUGCAUUUCUUUUUCAGACAGCAUCUGGUGGAUGCAUGCGUGACACAUUCACGCCGCUCCACGCUCAGCACUUCACCAUGAAGUGAAAGCAAACAGGAAGCGCCAGGCUCUUAAGAGCAAAUGAAACUAAUGACUCUGCCGUUGGAGAGAUUUAGAUCUAUGAUCUGGUUUUGUGCCACAGACUUCAGCAGAACGAUGUGCAGAAAUGCCUCGUAGCUGCGGCCUGGAGGGGGAAACUCUGAGAAAAGACAGAAUACCAAAGUUUGAUCAGAGCAGCAAGGUGAAUGGGUUCACUUUGACUCGAGGCCUGCAGAUGUUGUUGAUUUGUGUUGUUGGAAAUUAACUUCUCAGUUCAGAUUACAAAGUGGAAGCAAAAAUAAAAGUUACUUCCUGGGAUGAUGAAGGUCAGCGUGAAACAGGAAGUCAGAACUUCAACCAAAGUAAAGACAUGGUGCAGAUUUCUGCCCUUUUUCUUCCUUGCUUUAAAUAUGUCAGCCGCUCACUGAGGCCUGAUCUGACUCUUCAGGAUUUUCUGAAAGCUCGGAUAUCGAGAUGUUGCUUUAAAUAAUUCCCACUUCAUUUAAACAUUUACAGCAAAUGUAAUUCAUUUCACGAGGACAGGGACAGCAGUGAGUGAAUCAUCCGGCUAAUUUUUUUUAAUUCUUUUUUUUUCUUCUGGAAAGACGUGACUUCAGCAGCAGCCUCUGUUGGAGCAUUUCACAGAUUUCAUAUUUAUUCUGUCCAUCUGUCUGGAGCUGCGCUGACACAUGGACAAUCUGUAAAGCCUUUGCAGAACAGAUGACACCGUCUGACUCAGCUCCCUCAAACACAGAGGGAAGAUUUAAAAAUAAAAAAAAGAAGAGUUGGGUUGGGCACGUGCUUUCUGAUCAACUCUAACCAAAUGUCUCAGAAGUCAGAAUCUGCGAUGACAAGCUGCCACUUUUAAAAAAAGACACUAGUAAAGGGUUUGCAAACCUGCCAGGAAAUGGCUGCCCACUUAAACCAUCCGAUCUGAUAAACGCAACAUUAAAUCAGAGAAUCGGCUCUUUUAAAGUUUGUUACAAUGUAGAAGAUCCAGCAAACGUGUGGAAGAAGGAGCUCAAGUUUGAUUAAAAAACACUAUUUGUGGUGAAGCAAGCAAAUCAUGUGGUGCAGCAUGGUGAUGGCAGCAUCAUGCUGUGGGGAUUUGCUUCUUGAGCUGAAACAAGGAAGCAGGGUCAGAGUUAAACUGAAUAUCAGUGAUUGUAAGCAAAUAAGAGUCAUUUAGAUCAAAUGUAUUGGAAUGGCCUAAUCAAAGUCCACAUUGAAACCCCAUGGAGACUCGCAUUGCUUCAGCUCUGUUCCUCUUGUUGUUCAAAUAGUUUUAAAGUUUUUAACUUUCUUUCCGAAUGGGUGAGAGAUUUUGUGUUCAGUUCUUCAACAUAUUUUUAAUGAUUUAAGUCAAUUUACACACUUUUUCUUAACUACAAAUUUUAAAAAAAAUAGUUAAAAGGAGAGGUGUGCUGAAAGGCAGGGGAAGGAGGAUGUUGACCGAAGUAGUUCACCGCGGAGGAGCUGCAGAGAUUCACAGCUCAGGUAGGAAGAAGCCAACCACUCCCAGGGUGAAACAUGGUAGUGGCUGCAUAAUGCUGUGGGGCUGCUUUUCUUUAACACUGGCAAGCUCUGAUAAGACGGCAGCUUAGCUUAGCUCGAAUUAUAUUAGUCAGUCAGAAUGGCCUAAUCAAAGUCCAGACCUAAAUACAGUUGAAAACAACCUGGGAAAGGUUUAAAAAUUGAUGACAGGAGGUUUCUGUCCAAUUUGACUUUGAAGGUUUUAAAGAACAGGGUUCCGUUUGGAAAAAGGAAAUGACACUUUGUAAAGCAUUCGUGGUUUAAAUUCUGCUUAUUCAGUGCAUUUUAUUAAUAAACACAGCAACUGGAGCAAAAGAAUCCAAUCCAGUGUUUGAGUUAAACUCUGUGCCCGUUAGUUUUAGUCCAACUCCUCCCCUCCCUCACAUAGCUAACACAGUAGCUGAAUGAUUAGUGUUCAAACUCACUGUACAAGUACUGCCUGCUUAUUGAAGCCUCUAAUGAUGUAAACGACGUUAUUUCUAAGAAAGUGCUGAAAUUCUCAGUAAAGUGUCUGAAAUGCAAAGAGUGACAAGCGUCGCCAAAACCUCACAGUGUGUGUGGAGGCGGUGGAGAAUGAGGAGGCUGUGCCUCAAAGCUUGGUCAUGCAUGUGCUGAAAACAUUAAGCUUCAGACAAAUAAAUAAACAGUGCCAAAAA